AUGAGCUUCUCCGAUUUGGCAGCCAAGAGAAGCGCAAGGUUGAAGCAGCAGCAGCGUGAUAAGAUAGAUGAUGUCACGGAUGAUAUCGCCUCUGAUAAGAAACCCACCGAUGAUAAUCCCAUUAAUCCCAUUAAUCGCCCGAUAAGCAUCCUCAACGAUGACAUCCAAGUAGAGCAGACGUCGACAAAAGGUCGUGGUGUGUUUGCGCGUCGUGAUAUAAAGCGAGGUACCACCGUCCUAUCCACCAAAGCGACAAUGAUAGCACUCGAGCACUCAUACCUGGACAAACACUGCUCAUACACCGCCAUUCCCGGUGGCACACACGGCAAGCCUCCUCUCGCCCGCUGUUCCCUCUGCAAGAAGACACACUACAUUUCCAAGCACGCCCAAAGGCUAGACUGGCCGGUGCACAAGCGGGAGUGUGAGUGUCUGCGAGCAGCUAAAACCACCCCUGAGGAUUCCAUUCGCCUUAUGGCGAGACUGGUGUGGAUGCGCGACUGCAAGCGCGCAGACGGUGAUACUGACUGGGAGAAGCAACUCGAUGGGCUCCACGAAACAUACGACCUCCUCUCAGAAGAAGAUAAAGUAGGGCUGGGCGAGCGAGUGAGACAAUUCGCACUGUAUUUCACUAAGGGCGAAGUGAGUAGGCUGCAGAACAGCGACGUGGAUGUUUCCAUACCCUACGCUAUGCGUCUGUUGAAUAAAAUACAGACAAACGCUUUUGCUCUGCAGAACUCAGAUGCUGUCGGCGUCGCAAUCGCUCCCCUUGCCGCGCUCGUUAAUCAUGACAUGCACCCGAAUUGCACGUCUCAGUUCACUCGCGCUGAUGACACUCUCAGUGUUGUGCUCUUCAAAGACGUAAAAAAGGGCCAGGAAAUCACAACUAGCUACGUCGAUCAGACCCUCCCAUGGGACAUGCAGCGCGAUGCUUUGUGGAAGCAGUAUAGGUUUGAUAUUGGCGAGUGUCCAAAGGAUAAUAAUGAAGGGAGUGGGAAUGUAGAUAAAGAUACACUACUCAACACAGUGAAUGCGGCUGAAAAGUUCUAUUUUGAUGACCCUCUACGCGCAUUCCAGCGUUUGCAGCCUUACUAUGACACUGUCGAAAGCGCUUACGCUCCUGCGUCGAGAGUGCGAGUGCGCUAUCUGCGCGUUUGCUUCGCUAUCAUGAUCACUAUCGCCCAACUAGACAACAUGCCGACAUGGGCGCCAAGACUCACCGUCGAGUUGGGCAGAAAGACAGUUGGGGCGCUGAAACUGAUCCUACCAUAUGGACAUCCCAUACGCGCACUCACCCUCGCUGAAGUCGCCAAACAGAUGCUGGCCGAUAGCGGUGAAGAGAGGAACAUGAUGGAGUUGGCGGUCGUUGAUAAGCUCGAAAAAUGCGUUCUGGCUCUCGAUGAAUCGAGAAUGGAGACACAAAUUGGUUACGGAAAAGAUAGCGCCCUCGAAGGCUACCUUGUUGAGGAAAUUGAGGAGAUCCGUAAGGAAAUUCAAAUGAGAAGGUUGGCUACUGUAGCGGUGUGA